UCUCCUUCCUCUGUUGCAGUCUGUUUUUGUUUCCAUAACUUCUGUAAGAGUUUAUGCUCUUGGUCAUGGAUGACUUUGUUUGUGGUAAACUAAGACAGUGGGGUCUAAGCGAGUGGAUUGAAACAUUUGAAGAUGAAGGCAUUGACAGGGAAAGUCUUUAUUGCCUGGAAGAUGGUGACAUUGACAAACUGAUCAACAAGGUGGGACCUCGAGCAAGGUUCAAGAAGAGACUGAAACAGCUGAAGGAAGAACAAAACCCAGUUCAAGAUACUGUUGACAUUUCUAAUCAAACAACAUCUACACCUGACAUCGGAAAGAGAAAGCUGGAUGUUCAGGGGGAGUCCAGUAAAUUGGAAACACCAUCUAAACGGCUGCGUAAGACUGAAUCCAGAUCACUCUCAGAAGCCAUGAUACUGUCUGAUGUAAGGCAGAUAAUGGGACAUGUCAACUUGAAACUCCAAAACCAAGAAAACACAGAGCUUAAUGCUUUCCUGAAGUCUAAAAUAUGUGAUCUGGAAGUAGACAAGAGGGAGAUGGUUGGUGUUUUUGGUAAAACAGGGGCUGGAAAGAGCUCUUUAAUAAAUGCUGUGAUUGGAAAGAAGAAUCUUUUGCCUUCUGGAAGCGUGAAUGCAUGCACCUCAGUCAUGAUCAAAGUGGAGGGAAACAUGCACAACACAAUGUAUGAGGCAGAGAUUGAGUUCAUCACAAAAGCGGAGUGGAAAGAUGAGCUGUGGUCAAUGAAUCAGUUUCAUGACAAUGAAGAUCAGGAACAGGAGGAUGAUGAACACAACGAAAUCAGUGAGAAGCUGUCAGCUCUGUAUGGAGAUGAAUGGAAGACAAUAUCCCCUGAAAACCUCAUAGACAGUAAAUACUUCAGAGAAAUUCCUGAAUUCCUGCAGGGCAGGAAGAAGAUUUUGACAUCUGAAUCUGCUAAAGAGCUAUCUGCACGAUUUGUCAAAUACAUAAGAAGUGACACAAAACAGGGAGAAGGUGAGGAUGUAAGAAGAUGGUACUGGCCGCUGGUCAAAUGUGUGACCGUAAAGGUGCCAAACAAUGAUCUUCUCCAGCACGUCACACUGGUGGACCUUCCUGGGAACGGGGACCGUAACAACAGCAGAGAUCAAAUGUGGAAAGGGAUUGUUGGGAAUUGUUCUACUGUGUGGAUUGUAACUGAAAUCAAUCGAGCAGCAUCAGAGCAAGAAUCGUGGGAGAUCCUGAAAAAUGUUGGCCUGCUCCUUGGAAAUGGUGGCGAGUGUCAACGCAUUCACUUCAUCUGCACCAAAUCUGAUCUUACUGGGGAUUUGGAUGAUCACUCAGCCGAUGCCAUCCGCACUGCCAUUUCUGAAAGAAACACAGACGUGAAGAGAGAAGUGCACAAGGAGUUCAACAAGCUACGCACAUUAAAGAAACACUUCAGUGAGGACUGUUUGAAAGUGUUCACAGUGAGCUCCAGAGAGUUUUUUAAAGGGAAACUUCUAAAUCAGGAGGACACUGAAAUACCCAGUCUUCAGGAGUUUCUGAGCAAGUUGAAUGACUGCCACUCAGAAACAUUGAACUAUGUGUCUGGAGCUCGUGGGAUUCUCUCUCUGAUUCAAGGGGCCAGUCAUGGAGAAAAGGCCAGAAGCAAGGCAGAAGUGCAUGAAUACAUCGUGAAAAGCUUUGUCAUUCAGUAUGACAUGGUUCGAAAAGAAAUGGAGAAAUCUUACAUUUCAUUUGAACAAUGCCUUCAAGAAGGAGUAAAAAACUCAAAAAGUUCAUGUGAUAAAGUCUUGAAGUCCUUCUUGUAUCCUAGGAAGGGUGGCUCUGCCUUUCAGAGGGUCUUGAAGACCGUCGUCAGCAACGGUGGCGUCCACAAACCCAAAAAACGAAAACUACUGGACCUCAACAGGAAGUUAGCUUCGUUUCUGACUGACAGCAUUGAUGAGGAAUUCAGGAAUACCUUCCCCAACGAUGACAAACGUGGACCAUUCAACGAUGCCAUCAACAAGUUUUCACUUGAGACCGAGACACUGAUUCACAAGUACAAAAAUGUUGAACUGCAGCUGAUAUUUGUCAAGACAGAGGAAGAGAAACUCAAGUCGAGGCUGAACAAAGUCAUCCGUGAACGCAAGAAGACCGUCUACAGCAGUCUGACAGAGAAUAUUAAAGGAAGCAUGCAGCAGUGCUACAACAGAGCAGCAGAAUUCAGAGGAAAGGGUUCACUGGAAAACAUGAGGGAAACGAUUGUGAGACACAUGCAUGAAUCAAAGAACAGCAUGUUUGACCAGGCCAAGGAUGAAAUGAUGAACCAGCUGAAAUGCUUGAUGGAGGGAAUCCUGCAAACGCUGCACACAACCAUGAAGGAAUCAAUCUAUCUCUCACACAAGACAGAGGAGCGCUCAAUUCCAGAUGUUUCAGAAGAGCUUGCGAUGGUACGAAAACUCUAUGAUGAACUGAAAAGCGGCUCAGAUACGGAAAGCUCAUGAAAGAGCUGCACUGAAGCCAGAACACAGGAGGUCAAGAUCGUAACACUUCAAGUUCAACGCCCUUGAGAUAAAUGUUUGUUAAAGUUUGUUAUUAUGAUCUAAACGUUUUAUCUUUUGAUACACUUUCUAAUCCAUCUUAUUUUUGAGUUUUGUUUAGAUUCACAGUGGAUUUAGAUAUUUACUUUUUUUUUAAGAUAUUUUGGGUGUUUUUCUUCUCCUUUAAGAUAUUAUGAACAUUUAUGAGAGAAAAACAGAAAACGUGGAAAGACAAUUAAACUCAGAAUAAAAGUGCACUUACUUUUUCGUGUUAAAGAAGAAGAAAUAUUCUUACUACAUUUUUUUAAAUAUAAACAGUAAUGUGAAAAAGAGACGUAAAUAAAACA